AUGGCAAAGGGACAACCUCCGCAGAGAGAGCAGGCAUGGACACCACUGCAGAACAGAACAGAGUCAAACACAAAAAUGAAACUCACAAGAUGUGGAAAGAUUACCCUGGGAAUUUUAACGAUGGUGAUUGUUGCAGUAGUCAUUGGACUCAUUGUUUAUUUUGUUGCUUACGGGAAGACAACUUUCUAUUAUCACAUCAGCUUUAAAGUCAAUAACAUUGACUAUGACAGCAAGUUUGAAAAACCAUAUUCACAAGAAUAUACGGACCUAAAUAAAAAGAUAGUGUCUUUGAUAAAUGAAACAUUUCAUGGAUCAAAACUGAGAAGACAGUAUGUCAAAUCUCAAGUUGUCCAAGUAAGCCCAGCCAAAGGGAAAGUAAUUAUACAUGCCAUGCUGAAAUUUGAAUCCUGUUGUAAAAAUAAUGCAGGAAAAUUUUGGGAUAGAACUGAAACCAUUUUACGUCAGAAGCUAAAGGGUGAAACUGGGUCUUUUUGUAUAGAUUCUUCUUCAUUCAAAUUUUCAGACAUUGCAAUGCCGACAGCAGAAAAUCUUCUCCAUAGCUGUUGUGGACAACGCACAAUAACUUCCUCUGGCAACAAGAUAGCAGAGGGCGUGGAUGCCAAAGAAGGGGAAUGGCCCUGGCAAGCUAGCCUUCAACAGAACAAUGUCCACCUGUGUGGAGCCACUCUGAUUAGUAACAGCUGGCUUGUCACUGCUGCUCACUGUUUCAUAAAGGCCAAGGAUCCCAAAGGAUGGAAAGUUACUUUUGGGCUUCUUUUAAGUGAUCCACAGAUACAGCGAAGUGUCAAGAAUAUAAUAAUUCACGAAAAUUACCAUUACCCUGCACACAAUAAUGACAUUGCUCUUGUGCAUCUGUCUUCGCCAGUAUUAUAUUCAAGCAACAUCCGAAGAGCAUGUCUUCCAGAACCUACUUAUUCAUUCCCACCCAAUUCUGAUGUGGUGGUCACUGGAUGGGGAACAUUAAAGUCUGAUGGAAUAAGUCCUAAUAUACUCCAAAAAGGAUUAGUGAAGAUCAUAGAUAAUAAGAUCUGCAACCGUGGAAAGGUAUACAGUGGUGUGAUCACCCCUGGAAUGCUAUGUGCCGGGUUCCUGGAGGGAAAUGUGGAUGCCUGCCAGGGUGAUUCUGGUGGACCUCUGGUUGGUGCAGAUUAUAAGGGCACUUGGUUCCUUGCUGGUAUUGUAAGCUGGGGAGAUGAAUGUGCCCUUCCAAACAAGCCUGGUGUCUACACUCGAGUAACAUACUAUCGAGGCUGGAUCAUGUCCAAAACCGGCCUCUAG